GCUCCUCAGGGGUCGAGUGUGAGCUCGGAGACUGCAUUGGAAAAUGUCGGAACGGGGGGUGAUGAUGAGCGGCAGACGAACAAGAACGCUGAAGUGGCAAUUCCGUUCGGUCCUGUUCCGGCUUGUGGUGGUCCAUUGGAACCGGUUAGCCCAGUUUCAGUGCUUAUUAGCAACUUCACUGUUGACCCUGCGGAACAGGAGACGACUGGUGAUUUACUUUUCGGGACACCUCCACGACGUGUGCACUUCCAUUUGGGCCACUCUCGAUCAUCUUCCGAUGAUUCUUAUCGCCGUGAUGGUAUUAGUGGAUCUUGCGAUGAGAACGUCAUCCGUU